AUCGCGCCAUGUGGGAGGUGGCCCUGCUUGCGCUCACCAUCCUGGCAGGUUUGCCUGCCCUGGAUGCCAAUGGUCUUGAAGAUAAAAGCAGCCCCUUCUACUAUGACUGGCACAGUCUGCGUGUGGGGGGGCUCAUCUGCGCGGGGGUCCUGUGCGCCCUGGGUAUCAUCGUCCUCCUGAGUGGAAAAUGCAAAUGCAAAUUCAGACAGAAGCCCAGUCAUAGCACCGGAAACGCCCCGCCCCUCAUCACUCCAGGCUCUGCCCACAGCUGCUGAACACAGCUCCCCGAAUCGGCACGGAGGGCCCUUGCCCCGGGUCCUGGCCCUGCACGGAAGUCCCCCCAUCCGGGCUGGCACGUCCCCCCACCCCUCAGCUCUCCUGGGAGGGAGCUGUGUUUAAUUUUUAAUAAAAUGUGAU